UUUUUUUCUGUAUACGACAGCAAAGCGGCAAGCAUAGGAAACAAAGUAAAACCAUCGCAAAGAUUUAUUACAAUAAAAACUGCUAGACAUGUCAGAUUAUCGGUCUCAAUCACGGGGCGGUGGACGUGGAGGUCAAGAUUAUUCCAACGACGACGAUCCACCUAUGUCGCGACUUUUUAUAAUUUGCAACAAGGCGCACACAGAAGAUGAUUUUCGUGAGGCUUUUUCGCCGUAUGGAGAAAUAGAAGACAUCUGGGUUGUUAAAGACAAGCACACACAGGAGAACAAAGGCAUUGCGUAUGUAAAGUUCUCCAAGACGUCUGAUGCGGCUAAGGCUCAGGAAGAGAUGAAUGGUACGACUAUAGGUAAAACAGAUAGAACUCUAAAGGUUUUAGUUGCUGCCAACCGCAAUCAAGGAUCAAAUAAAUCGGAAAACGAACAGGAAAAAUACGUGAGACUUUUCAUAGUAAUCCCAAAGACUGCCACAGAAGAUGAUAUUCGCGAUGAAUUUGCUCAAUGGGGGGAGGUUGAAUCGGUGACAAUUGUGCGGGAAAAAAACAACGGCAAUCCUAAGGGCUUUGGCUACGUUCGCUUCACAAAGUUUUAUUACGCAGCAGUAGCUUUUGAAAAUUGUUCUGCCAAAUACAAAGCUGUGUUCGCCGAGCCGAAGGGAUCGACUCGAACGCAACGAGAUCAGUACGGUCGCCCAUCCGAAGAUAAUCCAAUUUAUGGUGGCCAUGGUCGCAAUAGCUCCAGUUAUAACAACGGGGGUGGUGGAGUAGCCGGGGGCGGCGGUGGAUAUAACAACGAUUGGAAUGUUUCGGUCAACAAUGAUAUGUCUGCAUUUCUACGGAUGCAAAAUGUUCCAGUGCCGCAGCCGUCGUGCCUGGAGGUUACAGUCAGUAAUUGUGUAAAUCAGGAUCAACUUUGGCGGCUAUUUGAUAUCAUUCCUGGAUUGGAUUAUUGUCAAAUAAUGAGAGAACAUGGUCCUCGUACAAAUGAAGCUCUUGUAGUCUACGAUAAUCCUGAAGCAGCUAUUUAUGCCAAGGACAAACUUCAUGGUCUCGAAUAUCCAAUGGGCGAGCGUAUUAUUGUGAAAGUCAACGGAAUGAGUUCGGCGCGCAUGGAUACCUCUUUUAUUGACAAACGGACUAAAAAGGAUGCCAUUUGUAAUGUGCCCUUACCACCUGCGCAACCCCUAGCAUCACCAGAUGCCCAAGUUGCCCAGAGGCUUUUUAUUGUGCUCUCAGCGAAUUUACCGCACUCUAUCUUAAAAAAUAUAUUUUCCUGCUGGAAGGGGUUAAUUGAUGUCUACUUGCUGCCCAACAAAAAUUGCGGCUAUGUCAAGUAUUCGGAGGCAGAGAGUGCUCAGAGAGCCAUUCAUGUUUUAAACGGCGCUGAGAUAUGUGGCACCAAAAUAAAGGUCAUGGAGGCUGAAGAACGUAGCGGCUCGGAUGGCGAUGAUGGUGGACGGAAGCGUCUAAGACGUAACUAAUUACUCACUGACUUAAACGUAAAAUGUACGAGUACUUUACUUACUUGAGAAAAAAAACACAGUUCAAUUAAACAGUUCAACUGACCCAACAAGAACGGAAUGCAACCAGAAUUAAGAACCACUGAAACUACAACAUAGCAUAGAGGUGAAAAAACCCGACUCGGAGAACGCUGAACGGAGAACAAAUAACCAAUUCCACUCGUACAAUUGACUUGUUCAAGAGAAUGACCAGACCAUAAACGGAGUCAACGACACCGCAAACCGCAUUGCUACUAACAGGGACUAUCAAAUAUCAGUAUCCGUCAUACCGUUACAACAAGCAGCACAACGCAGAAAUAUUUACAUAAACGAACUCUGUGUACAAUUUACUAACGUAUUCCGACAAAGAAAAAGAAGAAUUGAAAUAAAAUGAAAAUUAUGCUUACGGCUUACAAUUAGAAUUAUACCAACACACAUAUACUACUUACAUAUACUAACAUACAUGGAUACGUAUAACAAAAUUUAAUGGAAUAUUUAAUCGUGUAAAUCCAUUUAAAUACCUUAAUACAUCAAAAUAUACAAGAAUAAAAAAAAAAUGCAUCUUAUGGUUGCAGUUUGAGGUGAUAUUCUUA